UAUUUAUACGUUUUUUGGUAUGAAAAAUGUCGAAACCUAUUAAAAGCAGUGUUCGGAGUUUGUUAUAUAGUAUGAUAAACAAGUAUGAACAAAGAAAAACUGAUACAAGCCGACGUGUGGAGGAAAAAAUACGUCUUUUGGACAAAAUUGUUUCAUCUGCAAGUAUGUCGGAUGACGAAGACAUUAAACGCAAAAUCAAAGAUUUAGUCAAGGAGCUCAAAGAUAUUGAGAAUAAAGAUCUUAUUACCUCUGAAUCAAGUUAUUUAACGCAUUGGUCUAAUCUAACAGAUGUUAGUGUAAAUACAAUGAGAAGAAUAAAAAAGGAAGGUUCAGGGUAAAUGGAACACACCAGGAAAAAAACGCCCUCGUCAACCCCGUGUUUCAAACUUAGAUGAUUUUGACAUAUGCGCAAUCCGGAGUAAAAUAAAUGAAUUUUAUUGUGUUAAAAAGCAAGUUCCAACAAUAAAAACCCUAUUAGAAGAACUGCGAGUAUCCAUUGGAUUCAUAGGAUCCCGUGAAACAUUAAGACAAAUAUUGUCAAAAAAAUUGUUUUGAAU